AUGCAUGAGAGUGGCAAGAAACUGACAGUCUACUUCUGUGGUGACUGUGGAUCUACUCUCUACAAAACGCACGAGCUAUUCCCCGGACAGGUUGUUGUCCUAGCGGGGACACUGGACGACGCAGAUGGGCUUGAGCAGGCAAAACCGCAAGUGGAGUUGUUCACUAAACACCGCGCUUCGUGGCUACCGAGUCUCAGUUGGGCUGACCAAAAGGAUGAGUUUUGA